GCCGGGGGAACAGGGACCAAACCGGGGAACCAGGACCGAGCCUGGGAAACCGGGAUCCACAGAAGCAGGGACCGGCUCCGGGACCCGGACAGACUGUCCCUGCCGGCGUCGGGAUUCACCGAUACGGGGACAGGGACAGCGACCAACUGCCCCCACCGGCCCCGGGACCGACUGGGACAGAUCGGGACCAACCGCUUCCAUCGGGAUCGAUCGGCACCGGCACCGGAACCGGUGCGGCAUCGACCCGGUCAGAAACAGCGACCGCCCGCUCUCACCGGACUGCCGCGGCCACCGGCCCCGGCUGGGUCUGGCCCCGCCCCUCUCGCAUUAGCCACGCCCCUUGCACCGUAGCCCCGCCCCCGGCAUGUCCCACGCGGUGCUGCUGCUGCGGCGGCUCCGGCACCGGCACCGGGAAGGGAACCGGGACAGCGACGAGGAACAGGACGGGGAGCGGGAGCAGGACUGUGACAGGGACCGGGAGCAGCACGGGGAACGGGAGCAGGACUGUGACAGGGACCGGGCGCGGGAUCAGUUCUGGGACAGGGACUGGGAUGAACCCCACGAACGGACCCGCGAUCAGUGCCGUGCUCAUGACCGGCAUCCCGCACCCACCGGGAUCUCCCUCCCCGCUGCUCCUCCAUCCCCGCUCCCCCGCCGCGGCCGCCGCCGCCGCCGCCCGUACCCGGCGCAGCGCAUUUACCGGGUGCGCUGCUCCUUCCUGGAGCUCAGCGACGAGCAGGCGCUGCGGCGCUGCCGCCUGGACCGCGCGGCCAUCGCGGCGCUGUGCCGGGAGCUCGGGGCCGACCUGCAGAGCCUGACCGGCCGCAGCCACGCUCUGCCCGUGGCCGUCAAAGUCACCUCGGCCUUGGCCUUCCUGGCCUCGGGCUCCUUCCAGACGGCGUCGCGCCUCAGCACGGGCAUCAGCCAGUCGGCCAUGUCCAACUGCCUGGCGCAGUUCCUGGCGGCCUUGCAGCGGCGGGCCGGCCGCUACAUCGCCUUCCCGCCGCCUCCCGAGCCCCCCGGGGACCCCCCGGCGGCGCUGCCCGGUGUGCUGGGCUUGGUGGGCGCCAUGCACGUGGCGCUGAGGGCACCGGCGGAUAACGAGCCGCUGUUCCGCAACGCCGCCAAUUUCCACUCCAUCAACAUGCAGGUGGUGUGCGACCGCCGCGGCCACAUCACCAACGUGGUGGCCAAGUUCCCCGGCUCGUGCGCCAACGCCACCGUGCUGGAGAACUCGGCCCUGGCGCGCCUGAUGGAGGGCAGCAGGAGCGAGGGGGUCUGGCUGCUGGGUGUAACUCAGGUGUGUCCCCACCACUCCAGGUGUAACUCAGGUGACGGCUCGUACCCGCUGAAGCCGUGGCUGCUGACGCCCAUCGCGGGCCCGCGGGGCGCGGCCGAGCUGCGCUACAACGCGCUGCACUCCCGCACGCUGGCCCCGCUGCGCCGCACGCUGGGGCUGCUGCGCCGCCGCUUCCGCUGCCUGGCGGGCGGGGGGCUCCAGUACAGCCCCCCCAAGGUGUGCCAGAUCUUCCUGGCCUGCUGCAUCCUGCACAACAUCGCCCUGCGCCGCCGCGUUCCGCUCCUGGAGCCGCCCGAGCCGUGCCCGGCGCUGCCCGAGCCGCCCCCGCAGCCGCCGCCGCCCCCCGGGCCCGGAGCUCGGGAGGGGCGGGCGGUGCGGGCCCGGCUGGUGCAGCGGGUGCGGGAGGGCUUGGGGUGA